AUGGCCACCUUGAACUUCGCUUUGAAGAAUAAUACUGGUUCAAAUACCGUCUUCGCCUACAUCACAGGCCGGGCAAUCGACAAUGGCAACGCGCUAUUUCUCUUGCGCUCUGACGGCAGAACAGCCUACUAUCCAACAUCGCCGUCCGCAACCUUGACAAGCCUAAGCUGGGACUGUGCAAUCCCACUGGGCGGAGCGGGAAGCACGACGAAUAUCACGAUCCCACAUCUCGCGGGCGCGCGACUGUGGUUCGUCCGCGACAACAAAUUGACCUUUUACCUGAACCCCGGCCCUGCACUAGUCGAACCUUCGGUCUCAAACCAAUCAGACCCUAACUACAAUCUUGACUGGGCAUUCUGCGAGUUCACCUGGAAUAGCGCUCAGCUGUAUGCCAACCUCAGCUAUGUCGAUUUCGUGUCGAUACCUAUUGCGAUGACCUUGACCAAUACAUCGGGUGCCACGCAGACUGUCAAGGGUCUGCCAGCCAAUGGCCUUGACCUUGUUUGCAAUGCGCUCAUAGCACAGAACAACACCGACGGUGCGGGCUGGAACCAGCUCGUCAUCCAGAAGAAUGGCCGCAAUCUGCGCGCCUUGUCCCCGAACACGGGAAGAACUCUGAACAACUCCCUGUUCAACAACUAUUACGAUAACUACGUGAACUCCGUCUGGAACAAGUAUACCAAUGACACCCUGACAGUCAACACGCAAGCUGCAGCAGGUGAUGUCACCGCUAAGGUUUCCAAUGGGGUGAUGUACUUUUCAGUCUCGGGCGUCUCUUACACGAAGCCCUCGUCCGGUGAUAUUUUCAGCAACAGCUCUGGCUCCUUUGCUGUUUCCGGAAAUGGGACGAAGGAUGCUAUUACCGCUCGUCUUGCUGCUGCCUUCAAUCGCUCCACUCUGUUGUUGAAUGGUGCUCAGCCGAACGGGCAGAAUGUCGGCAACUAUUACCAGAAUUAUGUUACGAAUCAUUAUUCGCGCAUUUGUCACGCUGUCAGCACUGAUACUCGCGGAUAUGCAUUCCCUUAUGAUGAUGUUGCGCCGAAUGGUGGAGCUGAUCAGUCUGGUAGUGUUUACGAUGGUAGCCCGCGGUUGUUGACUGUUACUAUUGGUGGUGGUUCCAGUAAUUCUGUCAAUCAGGCUGCUGUUGCAGCAGAAGCUGCGCCGGUCCAGGAAAACAUAGCGGCCAACAAUGCUCCUGCUGCUCGUGCUCCUGCUGGGAAUGGAACUAGCAAGCAGAGUCGAUUCCAUGAGCUGAGGAAGAUUGUCGGAAAGUUGUCGCGCAGAAAGAGCAAUCCUUGA